UCGGGCGCGCGCCUGUCGCAGCCGGCAGGAAGGAGGCUGCCUGAGGCCCGGGGCGGCGGCCGCCAUGGAGAUCCCCUCGGCCCAGGGCCGGUGCCUGGGGCCUCGGGGGCGGCCCUGAUCGUCUUCCUCCCCGCCCGGGCCGGGUCACAGUUGUGCACCCCGGCGGCUUUCGGCCACCUCUGGGUCUCCGCCCUUGCUGGGUCGCGCUGCUGCCUUAGGCGCGGCGGCGGCGGCGCCCUGUUGAAUGGGCUGUGAGGGCCCGGGUCUGAAGUGCUGGCGGACGCGGCCUCCGGGGGCGCAAGGCAGCAGCAGCGGUGGCGACCAAACGGGUGUUGGAGUUGGCGGCGGCCAUGGAGGGCCUGGCUGGCUAUGUGUACAAGGCGGCCAGCGAGGGCAAGGUGCUCACUCUGGCUGCCUUGCUCCUUAACCGGUCGGAAAGCGAUAUCCGCUACCUGCUGGGCUAUGUCAGCCAGCAGGGGGGACAGCGCUCCACACCCCUCAUCAUCGCAGCCCGCAAUGGGCACGCCAAGGUGGUGCGCUUGCUGUUAGAACACUACCGUGUGCAGACCCAGCAGACUGGCACCGUGCGCUUCGACGGGUAUGUCAUUGAUGGUGCCACUGCUCUUUGGUGUGCUGCAGGAGCCGGACAUUUUGAAGUCGUUAAACUUCUAGUCAGCCAUGGAGCCAAUGUGAACCACACCACAGUCACUAACUCAACCCCAUUGCGGGCAGCAUGCUUCGAUGGCAGACUGGACAUUGUGAAAUAUUUGGUCGAAAAUAAUGCCAACAUCAGCAUUGCCAACAAGUAUGACAACACCUGCCUAAUGAUCGCAGCAUAUAAGGGGCACACUGAUGUGGUCAGAUACCUUUUAGAACAACGUGCUGAUCCCAAUGCCAAAGCACACUGUGGAGCCACAGCAUUGCACUUUGCAGCCGAAGCUGGUCACAUUGACAUUGUGAAAGAGCUGAUAAAAUGGCGAGCUGCAAUAGUGGUGAACGGCCAUGGGAUGACACCGUUGAAGGUGGCUGCCGAAAGCUGUAAAGCUGAUGUUGUAGAACUCUUGCUCUCUCAUGCUGAUUGUGAUCGCAGAAGCCGCAUUGAAGCCUUGGAGCUCUUGGGUGCCUCCUUUGCAAAUGACCGUGAGAACUAUGACAUCAUGAAGACCUACCACUACUUAUAUUUAGCCAUGUUGGAGAGGUUUCAGGAUGGUGACACUGUUCUUGAAAAAGAGGUUCUUCCACCCAUCCAUGCUUACGGGAACAGAACUGAGUGUAGGAACCCCCAGGAACUGGAGGCCAUUCGGCAAGACAGAGAUGCUCUUCACAUGGAGGGCCUUAUCGUUCGGGAACGGAUUUUAGGUGCUGACAACAUUGAUGUUUCCCACCCCAUCAUUUACAGAGGGGCUGUCUAUGCUGAUAACAUGGAGUUCGAGCAGUGCAUCAAGUUGUGGCUUCAUGCCCUGCACCUCAGGCAGAAAGGUAAUAGGAACACCCACAAGGAUCUGCUUCGGUUUGCUCAAGUCUUCUCACAGAUGAUACACCUCAACGAAGCUGUGAAGGCCCCAGACAUAGAAUGCGUUCUGAGGUGCAGUGUUUUGGAAAUAGAGCAGAGCAUGAACAGAGUUAAAAAUAUCUCGGAUGCUGAUGUCCAUAGUGCUAUGGACAACUAUGAGUGCAACCUCUACACCUUUCUGUACCUGGUGUGCAUUUCCACCAAGACACAGUGUAGCGAAGAAGACCAGUGCAGAAUUAACAAGCAGAUCUACAACCUGAUUCACCUGGACCCCAGAACACGGGAAGGGUUCACUUUGCUACACCUAGCUGUCAACUCGAACACACCAGUUGAUGAUUUCCACACCAACGAUGUCUGCAGCUUUCCCAAUGCACUGGUCACAAAGCUCCUGCUGGACUGUGGCGCGGAGGUGAAUGCCGUGGACAAUGAAGGCAACAGUGCCCUCCACAUUAUCGUCCAGUACAACAGGCCCAUCAGUGACUUUCUGACCUUGCACUCCAUCAUCAUCAGCCUUGUGGAGGCUGGCGCUCACACUGACAUGACAAACAAGCAGAAUAAGACUCCAUUAGACAAAAGUACAACUGGAGUGUCUGAAAUACUACUUAAAACUCAAAUGAAGAUGAGCCUCAAGUGCCUGGCUGCCCGAGCAGUUCGGGCUAAUGACAUUAACUACCAAGACCAGAUCCCCCGGACUCUUGAAGAGUUUGUUGGAUUUCAUUAAGUGACUGGAUGUGUAAAAUCGUUUAAUGUGGUGCUAAAAAGUAAAGGACUUUAAUCACAGACAGUAGAAUUUUGUGUUGGUACAUUCUUCUUUUCUUUCCACUAUCCUUUAGCCAUUGUCCUGGGUUCUGUUUGACUUUUUUCUUACAUGGUAUUGAUUUCAGGACACUAAACAGAGCAGCGCUGUUCAGGUGUAACUGGAAGGUGUUUGGACAUUUGUUUGUUUCUUUUUCUUUUUUAAAGGAAUGAAUGUAAGAGAUUUUGUGUAAUAGGGAGCAUUUGUGACUUAAAAUUGAUGAUGUUUUAAACAGCUGCCUACAAAAGUAUUCCUGUUAAGCUGAUGUCAGCAUGCCAUCCGUGCAGCAGUUUUGCGGAUUUCAUGAAGAAAAUGAACUGAUCACUGAGAGCAUUGGAGAUGCUGGAGCCCUGCCUGGAUGGUUCUCACUCUCCCUGUAUGUGCAGAGUGAUACAGCAUAUUUUAUAUCAGGAGGACUUGAAACACUUAGCUACUGAUUAAUUGAAAAUUAUGUGCAGUUAUUGUUGAAAAGAUGAAUUCAUGGAGACCAUCGCAUUCUGAUGGGUAGUGUUUUGUACUGGUGAUCUUAGCCCAACCUUGUGGACAUUGCUAGAUUUCACCCUUAGGCUGGAAGUCUCCCAGUUUCUGUUGUAAUGAUGGAUCUAAAUUGCAGUCAUGCAUUUGAUUUGGCUCACAGACCUAAAUAAGGAGCACGCUGUAUUAUGAAUCAUUGUCAUAGUCUAGCUAGACAUUAUAUUUUGUCCUCUUCUAGCCCUUUCUUGUGUUGUAUCUUUAAAAUUUGGAAACUGCCUUCCCAGAGGGCAUUUCUGUCUCCCUAAUUAGGUGUAAGAUGAAAAGAAAUGAGGACACACUUCUGAUGUUUUUUUACUUAGUCCAUUUUAAGAUGUAGGAAAGCCAGGAGUAGGGUAUAGGAAAUUAAGUAUUUGAUGAGGAAAAUGAUUGUCAAUGCCACAUGAAAGGUAUAUCUCAGCUGUAGACUUUCUACCAUAGGAUAUGGUGCCGAGAUCUUUGUUUUUUGUUUUCUUUUAUCAGCAACAUUUUAACUCUCAAGAGUAUUCUGUGGUUUUUCUCUUAAGCAUCACAGACAUUCAAGUUGAAGGAGCACCAGCUUCUGUUGAUGCUGGAAAUGAUGAUGAAAGUAAAACUAGUUGUUUCUGUAAUUUUCUCUAGUGCCAAAUGAAUGCCUGAGCUACCCCUAGUGCAUGGUACCGUAAGUGGAGACCCACAGCUUCUUGUUUUCCUUUAGUGAAAAGCAUUGUCAUGAUACAACAUCAGAAACAAACUUUAAACAACCUGUAAGAUUUCACAAACAUUUUACCUGUUGUGGAUAUAGCUUCUAAAGUGUAGAACGGUUGCCGGUGGAUCGGUAUAAAGCAACCAAGCCAAAACCAGCACCUAGGGCCUUAAACAGAGAUACCCCACAACAUGAAAUAGUUGGGAGAGUAGGAAAGGAGACUUGAAAAGUCUCCUGCUCCAAGGGUUUAAGACACAGUUGCUGUAGUUGUGCUUCGCGCGUGUGUGUGUGUGUGUGUGUGUGUGUGUGUGUGUGUGUGUGUGUGUGUGUGUGUGUGUUUGCUUUAGUUAGGAAUGUUUUGGUGGUGAAUUCUUUCAUGGUAAUAGAUUUCUAUUUUCUUAAGAGUUUACAAGGAUGGCUUUUCUGAUGGCUUAAAGGGAGGUGUGGGAAUGACCCUAAUUUGGGAACUUCUGAGCUUGAACCUCCUGAUGUGACUCAGA